UGGACCACGAGGAGGCAAAGAAAAUUGUAAAUCUGGAGAGCUCUACAUAUAUGGAAGUGGCGUCGCUCCGUCGCCUCGGAUAGGAAUGCGCUUGAGUCCUUGACACCAGGUUCCUGAACCAUUGUAAACCAGAGAUUCUCUUACUUACAGAGACGCAAGCGAGCAGUCCCUUGGACAGCCACCACUACACACACAAAACGCCUCAAAGCCAUAGUUCGUUCGAGUCGCCGACUUACACCAGAUCGACUCACAAGUUUGGCACGCAGCCUAACAACUCCAGCCGAGCACCACAGAGUUCGACCUUGGAUCACUCAGCUGUCAAGCCGUGUCAAGGUCUAUCACUCCACCAAGCCGAAAGCCGACGCUCCACCGACGCCGGCUCGAACUCUUUCUCGCCCGCGAAUAAAACAGGCGCCAUCGCAAGCUUCUCGAAACCAGCUUGCGCGGUGCCCAAAAGCUCCCAGUCGAGCACCACCAUCAACGCCCCGACUGCUUCUCGCCAGGCCGCCCAGCCGGAGAAGCGCAUUCCAGGAAACCAGGGCACAGCGCUCCGUGCUACGGCUGUGCUCCCUUUGUUCCCCACACACCACCUCCCAAACAGGGCUGGCAGGGAAUUGUGCUGCAGUACAUCAUCAGUGGCGCUACUCGCACCACAUCACAAGACCAGCCGAAACUUUCUGGCAGCACCCCAGUUCAAACCCCGACCCCGCGCACGGCUUCAUAGCCUGACACCCACAAGCGCUGCGCCGCUACACCCCCGGCCUGCUCUGCCUCGAUCCCGAGAUCACGUCGCAUCGGCUGCCACGCCCUGGAUCAAGGCGGGCACCCACACAAAGUGGUGAGACACCACGAGGGAGGUAGUCGGAACGACGCCGCAACGACGGAGCAGAACAGCCAACAACAGAAAAUGCCACACAGAGUAGCAAAUUUCCUACGAGCCUCGACAAGCACGCUCGAGAGCCAGAUCUUCAAGAAGAGCUCGGACAAAAACGGCACAACACAGCCGAGGAGGCAGAAGUCGCCCAGCAGCAGGCCGUCGAGGAGCUCAGAGCGCGUGUUUUCGUAUGAGUCCUCGACAACAGAGGACGGCGCGGACGAGUCGCACGCAUCCGCCGCCAAGAUGACGCCCGACAGGCACGACUCGCCCGCCGAGACCCACCACCACCACAGGCUGUCCUUCCCCGGAUUCGGUCACCUCGGCAGGGGCAGCAAGGAAGCGCCGUCGAGCCAUGGCGCCUCACUGGAUCUCGUGGUUGAGUCUCCGCCCAUCGUCUUCCACGGCGACGUGGAGACCAGCACGGGCGCCCUGGUCUCGGGCCAGCUGCUGCUGCAGGUCAAGGAGGACGGCCUGCCCCUGGAAUCCUUCAACGCCACGCUCAGCAUCCAUGUCACCCAGAAGAAGCCCUUCACCCCGCAUUGCCACGACUGCACCCACCAGUACACGGAGCUGCAGUCAUGGUACUUCCUCAAGGCCCCAUUGGCCAUGACCAAGGGGAUGCACCAGUUCCCCUUUUCGGUCCUGCUCGGCGGCCACCUCCCUGCCACGCUCGACAACCCGCUGAUGAGCAUAUCCUACGAGUUCAAGGCCGAGGUCGUCCCCAAGGCGGGCCACGGCCCCUCCAUGAAGCUGGACAAGGUGUUCGAGGUCAAGCGCUCGCUGCCCACGCACGAGACCCCGCACCACUCCCUGCGCGUCUUCCCGCCGACAAACAUCAAGGCCAGCGUGCACUUCCCCCAGGUCAUCCACCCGACGGGCGCCAACACCCUGGCGCUGCGCCUGGACGGCAUCGCCCGCCCCAACGAGAAGAACGGCACCGUCGAGUUCUGGAAACUCAAGAAGCUCACGUGGCGCAUAGAGGAGAAGGCCAAGACGGUCGCGCCCGCGUGCGAGAAGCACGCGCCCAGGGAGUUCGACGCGGCGGCGGCGGCGGCGGGCGGCCCGCAGCCGAAAAAGGGCUUCCAGAGGAACGACAUGCGCGUCAUCGGCGAGAAGACGCUGUUCAGCGGCUGGAAGAGCAACUACGACUCGACCGAGGACGCCUCGGUCGACCUGGAGCUCGAGUACGGCGUCGGCAAGAACUUUGGCCUCGGCCCCGAGGGCGGCCCCAAGGACAAGCACCGGCACGCGUGCGACGGCAGGAGCGCCGACGGCUCCGAGGUGACGCACCAGCUCAUGGUCGAGAUGGUGGUGUCGCAGGAGUGGGCCCCCGCCGGCCGCCCCUCGCUGGUGACCCAGACGGGCGUCGGCCGCAUCCUGCGCAUGCACUUUGCUACCCUCGUCACCGAGCGCGGCGGCCUCGGCAUCUCGUGGGACAACGAGGCGCCCCCCGUCUACCAGGACGUCCCGCCCAGCCCGCCCGCCUACGCCGGCGGCCUCGUCGGCCACGGCACCCUCGAGGAGUUUGAGUUCCCCAUGCUCACCGAGGCAGACGCCCCGCCGAGGUGGUCGCCGAGCCCUGUCGCGAGCCCCGUCCUGGACGGGCCCAGGCCCGAGUUUCCAUGACGGCCUGCCGCUCCUCUUGGAGAGUUAUGACGAAAAUGACGACCGUUGACGAAAACAAAACAACCACCCCUUUAAUCCUAAAAGCUACUUGUCACAUUUAUUUCAUAGUCUAUUUGGCGUAUCGAACGGCACGUACCCCGGCCAGGAUAUCUGGGGGACGGGAGUUGCACAUCAUUUAUGAGAAUUAUUUUAUAUCGCCAUAUACCCCCUCUCUACUUUGAUCUUUUUUUUUUUCUCUAACAGUGAUGAUUCCGCAAGACGUCGGUGGUAGUAUGGGCCACGGGGGCGGCCGAGGGAACAGUACAGGCAUGGCAAAGCUUGCCGAGAGUGGGCGCUUCGGGAAGGAACCGUGGGAGAGCCAAAAUGGUUCACAUCUAAAUCUUUGAAAUAAUGCCACUCUGAU